UUGUGGUCAAGAUGAGGCUGCUGCUGCCGUUGGUUCUCCUGGUUUUGGAAGUUAAAGCCCAAGAAAGAGGCCUGUUCCCCGCCAUCCUGAACCUGGCGUCCAACGCGGAAAUCAGCGCCAACGCAACCUGUGGAGACCCCCAGCCCGAGGUCUACUGUAAACUGGUGGAGCACGUACCGGGGAGGAGGAUCAAGAACCCUCACUGCCCAAGAUGUGACAGCCGAUCAGCAUCACAUAAAGAGCGCCACCCCAUCACCAACGCCAUCGACGGGACCAACCAGUGGUGGCAGAGUCCUAGUAUCAAGAACGGGAGGCAGUUCCACUGGGUCACCAUCACUCUGGACCUCAAACAGAUUUUUCAGGUGGCUUACAUCAUCAUUAAAGCAGCCAACUCUCCGCGACCAGGUAACUGGAUCCUGGAGCGCUCUUUGGACGGCGUUAGCUUUGAGCCGUGGCAAUACUACGCCAUCAGUGACAGCGAGUGUCUGUCGCGGUACAACAUCACGCCUCGCCUGGGACCGCCCACCUACAAGAGCGACACGGAGGUCAUCUGUACGUCCUACUACAGCCGCCUCAACCCGCUGGAGCACGGAGAGAUCCACACGUCUCUCAUUAAUGGCCGCCCCGGGGCAGACGACCUGACCUCCGCCCUCCUGGACUUCACUUCGGCGCGCUACAUAAGACUGAGACUGCAGCGAAUCAGAACACUCAACGCCGACCUCAUGACCCUGAGCACGCACGAUCCCCGCGACAUCGACCCCAUCGUCACCAGGAGGUAUUUCUACUCCAUCAAAGACAUUUCAAUUGGUGGCAUGUGUAUCUGCUACGGUCAUGCUCAGAGCUGCCCCCUGGACGCAGUCACCCAGAAACUUCACUGCGUCUGUGAACACAACACGUGUGGAGAGAACUGCAAUGAGUGUUGUCCCGGGUACCACCAGCUGCCAUGGCAACCGGGCACUAUCACCGAUGGCAACACCUGCGAGAAGUGUAACUGCCACAAUAAGGCGGAGGACUGCUUCUAUAAUCAGACUGUAUCAGACCUGCGCCUGAGUCUGAACACGGCGGGACUGCGGCAGGGGGGCGGAGUCUGCAUCAACUGUCAACACAACACCGCCGGGGUUAACUGCGAGACGUGUGCCGACAGGUUCUACAGACCUCAGGGGGUGUCCCCGUACUCAGACUCUCCCUGUGUCCCAUGUGACUGUGACCUCAGAGGAUCCCUCUCUUCAGUGUGUGUCAGGGACGACUCCACUCCCGGCUCGUCUCCAGGCCAGUGCCCAUGCAGAGAGGGCUUCUCUGGGAGCAGGUGUGAGCGCUGUGCCUUUGGAUACAGAGACUUCCCUCUGUGCUCCAAGUGUGAAUGUAACCUGGCAGGAAGCACCAACACCGACCCCUGUGAGGAGUGUGUUUGCAAAAAAAAUGUGAUGGGGUUCAACUGUGACCUGUGUAAACCAGGAUUCUACAACCUCCAGCCAGAAAACCCCCACGGCUGCACCGACUGCUUCUGCUUUGGGGUGUCCGAUGUCUGCGAGAGCUCCCCCUGGUCCACCAAUCAGGUGACUUUCUCCAACGCCUGGCUUCAACCUGCGGACCAGCUCCACCCCCUCACCGUAGACCACGACAACAACUUCCUCCUGCCAGUCAACCGCUCCCGAGGCCACGCCCACCAGUACGAGAUGUCAUGGGACGCCCCUAGUGAUUUCUUGGCUAAUAAGCUGACUUCCUUCAGAGGGACACUAAACUACACACUUUUGUACGACGUCCCAUUGGAUAAUUUGGACCGCUCUCUUCCCGCCCACUCUGAUGUCAUCAUACAGGGAAAUGGCCGCUCCCUACGACUGUCCCGCCCUCACCUAGUCUCCCUGUCCCCUCUGUCGGAGCGGGCCGUCUCCAUGGUGAUAGGCCCUCAUCAGUUUGUGGAUGACAUUCGAGGUGAUCAUGUGGCCCGCGACGAGCUGCUGACCGUGCUGAGUCAUGUCACCACCCUGAGGGUCCGGGUACUGCUCAACUCCUCCGCCACUGGGCCCAUUCGCCUGGGUUUGGUGUCUCUGGACGUGGCUGACCCGGUGUCCGUCUCCGGGGACAAGGCAGUUGCUGUGGAGACGUGUGAAUGUCCAUACGGCUACAGCGGCACGUCCUGUGAGUCGUGUCUGCCAGGUUUCUACCGCGUUGGAGGAGUCUUAUUUGGAGGGAACUGUCUCCAAUGUGAAUGUAAUGAUCACUCCUCUGUCUGCGAUUACCACGGGUUGUGCCUGUCCUGUUCCCACAACACCACAGGGCCCCAUUGCGAGCAUUGUUUGCCCGGUUUCUAUGGUGAUGCCACCGAGGGGACGGAGCAGGACUGUAAGAAAUGCCCAUGUCCUUUGACCGCGGCAUCCAAUAGUUUCAGCCCAACCUGCCUUCUCCAGUCUAAUGGAAAAGUGACAUGUGAUCGCUGUCAGAAGGGCUACACUGGCAACAACUGCGAGAGAUGUGCCAACGGUUUCUACGGCAACCCACAGGUGCUGGGCGGGUCCUGCUUGCUGUGUGAGUGUAAUGGCAACGUAAACUGGGAGGAGGCGGGGCACUGCGAUCAUGUGACCGGGGAGUGUCUGCUGUGCACCCAGAACACCGCGGGACGCCACUGUGAGCGCUGUCGAGACGGUUACUAUGGCGAUGCCGUGCACGCCAAAAACUGCACAGGAUGUGGUUGUGAUCUAUUCGGAGCCGUGUCCCCUGUGUGCGAUGUGUCGAGCGGUCGCUGUGAUUGUAAGGCCAAUGUGGAGGGCCGGGCCUGUGAUCGCUGCAUGUCUGGGUUCUAUGGUGUAGAAAGUGGACAAGGCUGUGUGCCAUGCAGCUGCAGCCCUUCAGGCGCUGUGUCGGAAUCAUGUGACUCUGAGGGGCGGUGCCAGUGUGUCGAGGGCGUGGCUGGAGACAAGUGUGACCAGUGUGCACGAGGCUACUACAACUACCAGGAUGGACGGUGUACAGAAUGCAACUGUGCCCACACUGGAGGCAACUGUAAUGCUGAGACUGGAGAGUGCAUUUGCCCUCCACACGCACAAGGGGCGAAGUGUGAGGAGUGCAAGCCUGACCACUGGGGCCAUGACCCUGUGACUGGCUGCCAGCCGUGUAGUUGCAGUUCUUCUGGCAGUUUCAUCUCUCAGUGUGACCUCAGCAGUGGACAGUGCAGGUGCAGAGAGGGUUUUGGGGGCAGCUCAUGUGAUCGCUGUGCCCCUGGUUACUAUGGUUACCCUGAGUGCGCCCCCUGUGGGUGUGACCCAGCCGGCACGGAGGAGGAGUUCUGUAACGGGACCACAGGCGUCUGUGACUGCCUACAGAAUGGAGAGUGUGUCUGCAAGUCUGGGGUGUCGGGGCGCCGCUGUGAGGAGUGUGUGUCUGGGCGGUUUGCUCUCUCUGCUCUGAACCCUGAAGGAUGCUCUCAGUGUUACUGCUCCGGACUGAGCCAGGACUGUGAGGAGCAGGGAGGAUUCACCACUGCUGAGCUCUCCAUGGCCUCCCCCUCAGUGCUGCCGGUGGUGUCUCAGUCUAACCUGAAGGGCGUGGUCUCCGGGGUGUUUGUACAAGAUGGAGAUGUUCUUCUGGACAUGAGACACUUGGAGACUUCAGGCCUGUUUGGACCCCUCUAUUGGAAACUGCCACACCUCUUCACUGGCAACAAGUUACUGUCCUAUGGAGGAACGCUUUCUUACUCUGCUGUGUUCUACGCGGAGGACGGACAGGGCUUGACCAAUCAGGAGCCUCAGGUGCUGAUGAGAGGCGGGACUUUGAGGAAACUGGUCAUUUAUACCGAUAUGCCCGCACCUAGUAAUGGAGUGAGAACGAGACAUGACAUCAGGCUUACAGAGCAUCGCUGGCGUUACUUUAACUCGGUCAGUGAAAAGGCGGUGACCCGAUCCAACUUCAUGAUGGUGCUGAGCAAUAUUCAGUACGUCAUCAUCAAAGCAUCUUAUGGAAGCCGACUACAGCAGAGCAGGAUCUCUAAUAUCACCAUGGAGACCGCAGUCGAGGAGGAGGCACAGAUCACAGGGGGCGUGGCCAGACAAAUUGAGUUGUGUGAUUGUCCAUGGGGCUACUCGGGUCUGUCCUGUCAGGAAUGUGCUCCAGGUUUUUUCCGACAGCCCGUCUCGGAACUCUCUCCUCGGAACCAGCGGAAUUUAUUUGUGCGACCCUGUGUUCCCUGUCGCUGCAACAACCACAGUGAGAUGUGCGACCAGGAGACGGGAGCCUGCCAGGAUUGUGAUCACCACACGUCCGGCCAUAACUGCGAGAUGUGUGCAUCGGGUUACUAUGGAAACGUGCGCGGCUCCGUGUCGGACUGUUCCCUGUGCAGCUGUCCCCUCCGAGGGAACAGCUUCAGCCCCACAUGUGAGGUCACCGCGGCAACCAUCGGAUACGUCUGCACCAACUGUAGCUCCGGAUAUGAGGGGCAGCACUGCGAGAGGUGCUCAGACGGUUACUACGGCAACCCGACAGUGAUGGGCGGAGCCUGUGAGCGAUGCGGCUGUAGUGAGUGGGGCGCGCUCAGUUCCUCCUGUAACAAGACCAGCGGGCAGUGUGAGUGCAAGGCCGGGGUCAAAGGUCAGCGCUGCGACCAAUGCCAAGAGCGCCACGUGAUGGAGAUGGGACACUGCAUCUCUUGUAAUGAUGAGUGCACUGGAGUCCUCCUGGAUGACCUGGACAAUCUUCACUUUCAUCUAUCUUCUGUGAAUAUCAGCACCCUCCUCAAAGCCCCCUACAGCCAGCUGGUGGCGCUAGAGAACCAGACCAGAACCAUACAGAAGUCCUUUUCCAACAGCAGCUCUGCCUCUUCGAUGCUAUUGGAUGUGGAGGAUGAGCUGACCACAGUGGCCUCAGAGCUCACUGCUGUCUCUCAGAAGGUGUCAGAGGUCACUGGAUUUUUGGAGCAAGUACGCGGGGUGACGGAGGACAGCGUUUCCCAGAGUGCACUGCUCCUUGAGAACGCCAGCAAACUGAAUAAGAGAGUCACAGAACUGAUCCUGGAGGCGGGGCUUCUCAACCAGACUAACCCCGAGAUUCCCGAAUGGACCAAUCAGACACAGAUGCUCCAGGAGGCAGAGUCACUUGUGGACUUCAUGAGAAUAAUCGAUCUGUCGCACGCCAACACCACAGCCAGUCAGGAGCUCAGUUUGUCGGAGUCCAUGUCCAGCUCUGUGUAUGACUUCAUGUCUUCAGCCGACACAGUGGAGAGACAGCUCCACAACUUGUCCUCUGAAAUGUCCGCUCACAUGGACUUUCUGAACUCUGCCGAAAUGCACGUGAAAGACGCACAAGAACACAACACUAUGGCUCACAAGCUGAUGGACACAGCUACUGGGAAACUGCACCAGUAUGAGUCUGUCUAUGAGAAAACCAACUCUGGAACUAACUCUGUCAGUGAGCUAAUGGAGAACAGUCAGCUGCUUCUUUCACACACUCUCAACCUGGCUGAGGACCUCGCCAACUCCACAGCGGAGGUGGAGCUGCUGGGGGAACAGCUCUCUCAGUCUCGCUCCAUGCUGAGGAAACAGGUGGAUGGCAUGGUGAUCGGACUGAAGAGGACAGACGCUUUGGAGUUGGUGUUCAAAGCAGAAAGCCACGCCCAAACCAUGCAUAGCCACGCCCUCUCACUUCAAAGCUCAUUGUCGGCAGUGUGUAACUUCUCUCAGAACGGCACUCGUCUCUUCCGACUGGACACUGACGUAUCACAGCAGGUUAACUCCGCCCAUAAGGAAGCGCUGAGUGCAGAAAGCUCCGCCUACGUCGCUGUUAACAUGAGCAUCAUUUCUGAGCAGCCUCUGUUUGAAAAGAGUGGAGUCAUCCUCAACGUGAGUUCCACUGUUUUAGAGGAGAGUCAGAGGGUUAACAACUCUGCCACAGAUCUACAGAAUAAUAUCUCCUCAAUAACAUCACGGCUAGCAGCGGUACGACAGAACUUCCUGAAUGCUAGCUCCAUGCUCAGUCGACCAAUCAGAGAGCUAUUAUCUAUUUCAAGUGGUUCUUCUAUGGCUUUGGCGACACAGCUCCAAACACAGAGCCACUCGAACCUGCAGGAGGCGCUGAAGAGGCUGCAGAAGAUCCAAGAGCAGCUGCUUGUGUCUUCUUCUGUGGUGGACAGCGCUAAUGACUCUGUGAAGCAAACCAACCAGCUCAUGAGCAGCACUGACACUACAGCCCAUGAGGCGCAGAGACAGCUACAGGAGGCAGAGCUUCGUUCAGAGCGCCUCUUGGAACGAGUGAAGCCGCUGAGCAUUCUGGGAGAAAACCUGAGCCGUAAUCUGUCGGAGAUCAGAGAGUUGAUCGAGCAGGCCCGACGACAGGCUGCUUCGAUCAAAGUGGCAGUACAGGCGGACCGCAGCUGUGUGCGCUCGUACAGAUCUCAGAUCAGUUCCAGUAACUUCAACACCCUCACCCUCAUCCUGAAGACCAGCACCAAGAACAACCUGCUCUUCUACCUGGGAUCACACUCUCAGGUGGACUUUAUGGCUGUAGAAGAACACGCCGGUAAAGUGUCUCUUCUUUGGGAUGUUGGAUCUGGGAGCAAGCGCCUCGAGUUUCCUGGUUUGGACAUCAGCAACAACAAGUGGACCAGGAUCAACGUCACCAGGUUUGGAAGCCACGCCUCCCUGUCCGUGUACCAGCUGGACUCGAACACACCUCCACUGCCCGCGGUAACAGCCACAUCACCAGGCACAGCUCGAGUCCUGGACAUUGACAACACCACCAGGGUUUAUGUCGGAGGAGUCAGCCAAAACAUGCAGAGGAAUCCCCUGCUCAGGUCCCAUUGGUUUCAGGGCUGUCUGGGGGAGGCAUCUCUGAAUGAGAAGAACCUGGGGCUGUGGAACUAUGAGAGCAGAGAGGGCCAGUGCGGAGGCUGCUUCAGCAGUCCGCAGAUGGAGGGAACGGCCUUUCAGUUCGACGGCUCUGGAUACUCCGUGGUCCAGAAGUCACUGAGAUCCACCUCCACUUCCAUCGUUCUGUUGUUCAAGACCCUGUCGCCGGGCGGAUUACUGCUGUACCUGGCGUCCAACAACACAAGGGACUUCCUGUCCAUGGAGCUGAUGGAAGGGCAUGUGCGUUUGACCUUUGACCUGGGCUCGGGGGUCCUGGUGCUGAUGUCACAGAGGAAGUACAACACGGGGAUGUGGUACAAGAUCACUCUGCAGAGGAACAAACGCAAAGGCUACCUGUCCAUCAUGGCCGCUGAACAAUCAUCUGAAAAGGAAAUCCUGGAGGUGGAAGCUCCUGGAACCGCCUCCGAUCUGAACCGCAACGACCUCGACCCCAUCUACAUCGGAGGACUUCCUGCUUCUCGACCAAUCAGGCGUCAGGUGGUGUCCCGCUCCUUUGUGGGCUGCAUUAUGAAUGUGGAAAUCGCCCGCACCAACUUUGACCUUCUCCGAGAUGCGUUUGGAGUGAGAAAAGGCUGCGCUCUGGAGGCGGUGCAGAGCGUGUCCCUGUUCGGCCCCGGCUUUGUGGAGCUGGCCCCUCGCUCAUUCACCCAAGACACGGAUAUUCUGAUGACCUUCUCCUCCAGGAACCAAUCAGGGCUGUUGUUGUCUGCUCUCAGCCAUGAUAAACAGCACUUCAUGUCCGUGCAGCUCAUGUCCGGCACUCUAGAGGCGGAGCUCGGCAAAGUGGGCGGGGCUUCCCAGAGAGCCAUCAUCGUGGGAGAGUUUUCCGAUGGACAGCAUCACUCUGUCAUUCUCAGCCUAAGCAAGAAGGUUCUUUCCAUCCAUGUUGAUGAGCUUCCUGUCAAAUCCAUUCACCUGUCGCCGGGCGCAGUUUCCAGUCUGUCCCCGUCCUCGCUGUUCAUUGGAGGACUGCCAUCGGGGGCGGAGUCUCGUCUACCGACCAGGAUCCAGAGCUUGUCGCGGUCGUUCCGGGGCUGCAUCCAACACCUGGCACUGAAUGGAAUGCUUGUCGACCUAUCAGGAGCAGCGAGAUACGAAGGGGCGGAGUUGGACAGCUGCCUAUUGGAGGAGCGAGCCGUAGGAGCGGUGUUGAAUGGAGAUCAGGAUCUGGAGCCCACCCCUGACCCCGCCCACCUGCCUGUAGCCCCGCCCACCUACCUGAGCGCCCUCACACCUGGAGCUCUCACGUGCGCUUCAGAGACAGAGCCGAGCUACCUGACGUCCGGUGCUCAGUUCGGGUCUACGAAACACAGUCACAUGACCUUCAGUAUUAACCCCAGCUCUGUAAAGAAGAGCUUGUCCAUCAGGAUCUCCUUCAGAACGUGGGCUGCGGACGGCCUCCUGCUGCUCAUGUCCAGCAAGAACCAGAUGGACUUUGCCGUGCUGCGAUUGGUCGGCGGUCACAUGGUGCUGUCAGCUGACCUCGGAAAGGGACCCGCCUCCGUGACGUCAUCGCGCCUGGUCAACGACGGCAACUGGCACACGGUGACAGCCGAGGUCAGCCGGAGAUCGGUGUCUGUCUCAGUGGGUGUGGCCUCUGACUCCGCCCUCAUCAAAGGCAACCAAUUGGACGUGGAGAGCCGGGUGUACGUGGGCGGGCUUCCUCACACUCACACGGCCAAGAGAAUCAAUGUAAGCAGCAGUUUUCCGGGCUGUAUUCGCUCCGUAGCCCUAAACAACGCGGCUUUGGACUUAAAUAAACCCGAAACGCAACACCACAUCACUUCCUGUUUCAGCAGCGACCAGAAAGGGGCGCACUUUAAUGGCACCGGGUACGCUGUCCUGGUUCACAACGGAUACAAGGUGGGCUCUGAUUUGACGGUUUUGCUGGAGUUCAGGACGAGCCAAUCAGACGCAGUGUUGCUGGGCAUAAGCAGCGCUAAGGUGGAUGCAAUUGGACUGGAGCUGGUCAGCGGACAGGUGGUGUUUCACGUGAACAAUGGCGCGGGCCGUGUCUCCGUCCGCUCCCUGGGGCCCUUCCUCUGUGACGGACGCUGGCAUUCUGUGACCGCCAUGAAAACCAAACACGCUAUGAGCCUCAUCAUUGACCACAAGCACUACAAUACCCCCAACCCCUACCCACAAUCCACCUCUGCAGAGACGAACAACCCCGUCUAUGUGGGAGGUUACCCGGCUGAUGUGAAGCAGAAUUGCCUGUCCGUAUCCUCUUCAUUCCGAGGUUGCCUGAGGAACGUCCAUCUCACCAAAUCUCACCAAAGCCACUUCCUGGACUUUAGCUCCGCCCACCUGCUGAGGGGCGUGCUCCCGAGCUCAUGUCCCGCCUCCAACCGACAGUCGCAAUGAGAACUGCAUUGAUGUUUAUAAGAAGAUCUGGAAUAUGUCACCAAAACUACUGCUAUG